CUAGCCUAGGUACAUCACAAUGGCUGAUCCCGAGGACUUUGGCAAGACGGCGGGCUACUGGAACUCGUCCGACAGCUACCAGCUCAACCCGGCGAGCGUGAUCGUGUCGGUGGUGUUCUCGCUCAUCUUCCUGCUGGGCAUCGUGGGCAACAGCCUGGUGCUGGCCGUGCUGCUGCGGAGCGGCCAGGUGGGCUACAACACCACCAACCUCUUCAUCCUCAACCUGAGCGUGGCCGACUUCUUCUUCAUCAUCUUCUGCGUGCCCUUCCAGGCCACCAUCUACUCGCUGGAGGGCUGGGUGUUCGGCUCCUUCAUGUGCAAGGUGGUGCACUUCAUCAUCAACCUCACCAUGUACGCCAGCAGCUUCACCCUGGCUGCCGUCUCUGUGGACAGGUACCUUGCCAUCCGUUACCCGCUGCGCUCUAGGGAACUGCGCACGCCAUGUAAUGCAGGCCUGGCCAUGGUGGUCAUCUGGGGACUGUCUCUGGUCUUCGCUGGCCCAUACCUGAGCUACUACGACCUGGUCAACUACGAGAACGGCAACAUGUGCAUUCCGGGCUGGGAGGAGUGCAAUCGGAAGGUGCUGGACACCUGCACCUUUGUGUUCGGCUUCGUGAUCCCUGUUCUCAUCGUCACCCUGUCGUACACCCGCACCAUCAAGUACCUGUGGACGGCCGUGGACCCGCUGGACGGCAUGUCCGAGUCCAAGCGGGCCAAGCGCAAGGUCACCAAGAUGAUCAUCAUCGUCACGGUGCUCUUCUGCAUCUGCUGGCUGCCGCACCACGUGGUCAUCCUGUGCUACCUGUACGGCGACUUCCCCUUCACCAAGACCACGUACGCCUUCCGGCUGCUCUCGCACUGCAUGGCGUACGCCAACUCCUGCCUCAACCCCAUCGUCUACGCGCUGGUCUCCAAGCACUUCCGCAAGGGCUUCAAGAAGGUGUUCAGCUGCAUCCUGAGCAAGAGCGGCCGCAACAAGGUGCACGUGGUGCACGUGGCCAACACCGUGCCGGGCUUCGAGGCCGCCUCCACCGAGGUGUCGCAGAUGCACGAGGAGAACGCUCGACCGGCCAACGAGCGCGAGAUGGAGAGCAGGCCACUGGCAUCAGGAUCAGCAGCACCUCCGGACGGAGCCGUGGCGGCCAUUUCGCUACCUUUUCAGAGUCAGCCUUGAGCACCCAGACGGAAGUGUGAUUUCCACUCUGAUGGAACGCCGUCACAGAAAAAGGGCAUGCACUGGAGCUGUAGGAGAUAAGUGGAUUCUGAGCUGUUCCAAGGACUUUGAUGCUCGACUGCCAGUGAAAGCAUCCAUAACUAAGGCAGUCACUGGGGUGUUGUUUCAAGCCUCUUGCCAGCCUACUUCACUUAAAAAAGAUACUGAAGGUUCAGUAUGGCUAAACCUGUUGGGUUCCAUUUGGACCUGGAGAUAAAUGGACCUUGUUUCACUGGUAAAUACAUGUGCCAAAAUUAACUUAAAAAUGAUUUUAGU